GUCACCCAGGUGGCUCCCUAUGGAAUUCCUUAGAUGUCACUGCCUGGGAGGUCCCUGUGUAGCUGAAGAGAGACACUCAGAAGCCUGCACGGUCCGGAGGGAAGUGGGGGAGGGGUUCUGCAGACUGACCCAGGCGUCCUGCCUCCACCUGUAAUUACCAAGCUUCCCCACGCGAGGUUUGUCCCCGUUUUGUGGCUCCCAAUAACUAUGAAGGAUGAAAGGUGGCCUCUGUGAUUACAGAGAUGACAGGUGGGUACCGGUGGCUGCAGGGUGUGGAUGAAGGAGGUGUGGAAACAAGGGUGGGGCCUCCUGGGGUCUGGGUCACUGAUAGGGAGACCCAGCUGAUGGGACCUGGGCUGGGGACUGAAGAGAUGCUACUGGCAGGUUCCUUGUAAACGGGUCCAACCAGUUGGGCUCUGAUGGGGAUUCCACAAGUCACUGGGCUGGCCCCUCCCCACAUGCUGGUCACCUCCUCUACUAUAAAGCCUCUCGGGUUCUCAAGCACCCAGACUCCGAGCACCCCGCAUCGGGGGCCAGUAGACAGCCAUGAUGCUCAGCUGGAAGCUGCUGGGGCUCCUGGUCCUUUGCCUGUGUGCUGGAGGCAUCUCAGGCAGUGAGGACCCCUCUCCCAGACCCACAGAAGCCCAAGAAGAAGAGGACUCCCCAGCAUUGCCACUGGGCCCCCCAAUCCCUGGUGACCCCUGGCCAGGAGCACCUCCUCUGUUUGAUGAGCCUCCACCUCCAGGCCCCAACCGCCCCUGGAGAGAUCUGCCUAAUGCUGGUGCCUGGCCCCCAGAGCCCCCUAGCACUGAUCCCCCUCAGCCUCCUCUGCCUGAUGACCCCUGGCCAGCAGGAACCCAGCCCCCAGAAAACCCCUGGCCACCUGCCCCUGAAAUGGACCACGGAUCUCAGGAGGAACCCGACCUAGACCCGCCCCAGGAAGAGUUCAGAUAGGGAGGAGCCUCAGGGAGCUUGAGCCUCCUCAGAGCACACCCAACCCCACCUCUGCUCCCUGCCUUCUAAUCUCUUAGCUCCCUAAGUCUCUGGUUGGAUUGUGUGCAGGUGUCUGUUCUACCACCUCCCCUUGACCUUGACCUUCAUGUCCAGCUCCCCCUUCAGCUUGACCUCCAUGUCCAGCUCCCCCUUCAG